UCUGCUGAUAUCUGACGCUCCGCGCUCAAGCCGGCUGAAUACCGAACGAACCGCUCUACGGAGCAUUUAAACGCGAGUCGCUUUAGUCCAAUUGUGUGUCUUUCUUUUUCUAUUUAAUUAUUUAUUGUAUUCAACCUGCGCGAUUCGUCCCCAUUAUUCGUGAAUGUUAAGCUCCCGUGAGCCCAAGGACAUAGACUGAGCAUAGUGUAUGACAAGAAUAUCACCUGAGGAAUACAAUAAGCGACUGCAUUAAAAGAGGAUCUUCGCUGACACGCAGGAAUACCGUGGCUUUGGUGUUAUCAAGUCACAUUGCGCCGUUUAUUCCGCUAGUUUUCUCCAGCCAUAAUGCCGAGUAUACGACAGUCGUACACGGUCACUGUCCCAGAGGAACCGCCGGCGUCAGCUUUCCCUUUCAUCAAGCAGGAUAUGCGGAGAAAAAGUCCGACGAUGUCUCGCUCUAUGCUGGUGUCCACAUUUGUGGGGCUUCUCAUUAACCAGGCUAAGAACUCAAAGAAUGCUCAGGGUUUGGUGGGCCUCAGGAAUCUAGGAAAUACUUGUUUCAUGAACUCCAUUCUGCAGUGUCUGAGCAACACUCAUGACCUGAGGGACUACUGUCUGCGUAACACACACCGCACUGACCUCAACAACAACUGCAGGGCCAAAGCUGCACUGAUGGAAGAGUUUGCCAAACUCACUCAGAGUCUUUGGACAUCAUCUAGCAGUGAGGCCAUCAGCCCUUCUGACUUCAAAAUGCAGAUUCAGAAAUAUGCCCCUCGAUUUGUUGGUUACAAUCAGCAGGAUGCUCAGGAGUUCUUGCGGUUUCUGCUGGAUGGGCUUCAUAAUGAAGUAAACAGAGUGACAGUGAAACCCAGAUCACCCAUGGAGGACUUUGAUCACGUCUCGGACGACGAAAAAGGCAAGAGAAUGUGGAACAAGUACCUGGAGAGUGAGGACAGCAAAGUAGUCGAUCUGUUUGUUGGUCAGCUGAAAAGUUCUCUGACUUGUAAUGAGUGUGGCUUCUGCUCAACUGUGUUUGAUCCAUUCUGGGAUCUGUCCCUGCCUAUCGCUAAGACUUCAGGAGAAGUGAGUUUGAUGGAUUGCCUUCGACUUUUCACCAAGGAAGAUGUACUAGAUGGGAAUGAGAGACCAACAUGCCACAGAUGUAAAACCAGACGGAAAUGCACAAAGAAAUUCACCAUUCAGAAAUUUCCUAAAAUCUUGGUGCUUCAUCUGAAGCGUUUCUCUGAGUGUCGAGUCAGAACCAGCAAACUCUCCACCUUUGUAAACUUCCCCCUCAAAGAGCUGGACCUCAGGGAAUUUGCCUCUGAUAACAGUGUAAAUGCAGUCUAUAAUCUGUAUGCUGUGUCCAAUCACACUGGUUCAUCUUUAGGUGGCCAUUACACAGCAUAUUGCCGCAAUCCCUGCGUAGGAGAAUGGUACACAUACAACGACUCCAGGGUGAGCCCCAUGUCAUCCAGCCAGGUGCGCAGCAGCGACGCAUAUGUGCUGUUCUAUGAAUCUGCGGCCUCUUCACGCAUGUGAUUAAGAAUGAAACGGACAAACCUUUGAUAAAAUCAACACUUUUGCUGCUGUUGAACUAAAUCUUGGUCAGGGUCUACAUGCUUGGAGGACCAUGGGACUUUAUCCCAGGCCUUUUAACCAAGGCCAAACACAUACCGGAACUGAAUUAUGGUCGUGGCCUACGAAUUGGAAUGAAGCCCGGGAUGAAAGUUUAAUCCAAGCCCGGAUUGAGCUUCACAGUAAGGGCUUCUCCAUCCAUCACUCCCCUUGAAAGAUGCUGCUGCUCUGGGGAUGGAUUUAACAAACUGAAAUGGACAGAGACAGACAGAGAAACAUUAACUACUACCUCUCUAGAAUGAGCAGGACUGUGUGCGUGUGCGUGUGCGUGUGCGAGUGUGUGUACGAGUCAGUCUCCAGACUGAUACUGUAGGACUCUAUGCACUGUGUAACUGGAGCCAUCCGGCUCUACAGACUGUCACCACGACUCAAACAAUCCCCAUCCCUUAUUUAAUUUAUUAACAUGAGUUCAAUGUUUUACUUAAUUUCAAACUAAUUACUACUAAUUUAAACAAGAGGUCAUCUUGCUGAAGGACAAUGUAGGUCAACUGUGUAAAUGAUGCUUGGAUUGUUCAAUGGAUUGUUUACUAUUUCGAACAGAUACGUUCCUUCAAGAUAUGUCUCUGCUUUGCUUGAUUUGUUGAUUUUCAACAGAAUAUGCACAUGGGAAGGGCUUAGUUUUACACUAAUGCGUGAUUGUGCCCCUUCCAAAACCCCUCACCAUUACAGAGAAGAUUGUAUGACUGCCCCCUGGUGGCCAGGAGUUGUAAACCCCAUAAAAAAAGGACCCUUUUCACAGACCGUAAUGGUGUAUUUCCACAGUUAUAACAUCAAGUUUUUUUAUUAUUUCUUUUACUUUGUGUUAUAUUACCUUGGUAGACUAGUUAACACUGCUGUGAGGAUGUUUCUAAUAUAACAGCUGAGGGAGUGACAGUAAAUUUGACACCUUCCUCUCUUCUGACCAACAUAAUCAAUCUCUCAAUAUUUUUUCCUCUUUAGGAAAGUCAUAAAAAUUCUAUCAUAGAUUAUUUCCUUUGUUGUUGGAGCAAAUGGGAACACACAACAAAUAUAUAUUUGUUGUAUUUUCCAUUAACAGCUAUAGAAGUAUACCAAACCAAGGCUUUUGAAAUGUGAAUAAGGUCCAUCUCCAGGAGAAUAUAAAGUAUUCUCUCUUUAGGCAUUUGCGGACUCAGUGUUUUCCUCCAGGAGCAAUACAAGAUAUGAAAGAGGCCUUAAUAUGCUUUUUUUUUUACUCAUUCUGUAAGGGACUACAAUAUUCAGUUUAAUUUGGGGAUGAGUCUUCAUCAAAUAAGAAGCCACCAGGAGGGUGUAUGUAUGUGUGUGUGUGUGCGCACCUUUAUGUAUUAUUUCUCUAUUUAUGAUGUGAAUGUUGUGAAUGUAGCUUGUCAUUGUGCUUGAACCAGACAAUGUUUUUUUCUACAGAGAGAUUUUAAAUGAGUUGUAAUUUUGUGUCAGAAAUGUGACUGUAGAGUACUGCAAAUCAAGAGCUCUUGGCUUUUUAAAAGAAGUAAAUAUGAAUAAAAGCAAAUGUCUACAGAA